GAAUACGUCAACAAAAUAUGCAAUCAAAAGAUGUGUCGAUGAUAAAGAGGUUUAUUUAACAUAUUUGGCUAAUUCUCAUGAAAAUAUAAUUCAAUUUCGUGGAGUUAUGAAUAUAGAAGAUGAUGAAAAGUAUUCUCUUGUUCUUGAAUAUGCGGAAGGUGGGACAUUAGGAAAAUAUUUAAGGGACGAUACUAUAACUUUGAAAUGGGAGAACCAAUUAAAGUUUGCUAAAGAGAUUACAAGUGCGAUUUUAUGGCUACAUGUUGACAAGGGAAUCGUACACGGGGAUAUUCAUCCCAAUAAUAUCUUAAUACACAAAGAUACAAUAAAAUUGGCGGAUUUUGGACGUUCAUGUCAAAGAGAGUCGGAAUGUUAUAAUACUGAAGUAUGGGGUGUAUUACCUUAUAUUGACCCUAAAAUGUUGGAAGAAUUGGUUGAACCUUUUCCGAAUAUUAAUCAAGUCGGUCAAAAACUUCCAUAUAAGCCAAACGAAAAAUCUGAUAUAUAUAGUUUGGGAGUUUUGUUCUGGGAGUUAACUAGCCGCUUGCCACCGUUUGAUGGUCUUGGAGAUGAUAUUAUUAUGUUGAAAAUUCUUAAUGGUUUGAGAGAAAAGCCUGUUCCAAACACGAAUGUUAAAUACAAUGGACUUUAUAAGGGUAAGUGUAAAAAUAAUUUCGAAGCAAUGAUUCCUUUGGAUCUAGUACAACCUUUAUUAUUCUUGUUGUUGCAAUCUAAUUUUUAAUCUAUUUGAAUAGAAUGUUGGAAACAAGAACCGGAUGAACGACCACACAUUUCCAAAGUAAAUGAAGUACUUAAUAUUAUUGAUUCUGAAAACAAUAAUUUAUCUACCGUUCCUUAUUAUAAAGAAGGCGAAGAAAGUAUUGUACAUUCGUGUCAAAUUGUUUUAAAUAAGCUUAGUCAAAAACUUUAGAUUAUUUCACAGUUUUUUAGAUUUUUCGUUACUGUUUUUUUCCAUUUUUCCAUUCGAAUAGAGUAUCUAUUUUACACGAACAUUUGUAAUAAUAAACUAAAAAUUUUCUAUAUACAGUAUAAUACGUAAUAUGAAAUCGUCUUAUCGUUAUGUAUAAGCAUUUUUUGCGUUUUUUUUGUUAAGAACUACGAGCAUUUUUAAAAUAAAUGUUUCGUUUUGAAAAAACCGUAA